AUGCAGGCCAAGAGUAAUGCCGAUGUAUGUGUGCGAGGUCUUUCCGAGGGACGCACCUCCCCUUGCGUAAGAGCGCUCACAUCACUUCAACUACAAUUUUCGGCGCUUUUGAAGGAGUGCCGCCAGAUAAAAGUUACAUUUUUGAAUAGACAGCGUUUUAAGGAUUUCAAUGAUCUCAAAAAGUAGGAAAAAAACGUUGACGCAAGGAAAAACGGCCGUGUUGUUGUUAAAUUCUAGCGUGCGGCGGAGGAAUAUGAGGGGCUGUAGGCGGCAAACGGCCCGCCUCUCACUCGUCAUCUAACAGGGCUUCGCGCACGAAAAAUUAAAGAGCGCUCACACUACUUCCACAUCGAAUUUAACCUGUUUGUUGAUGAUUAUACGAAUUAAUAUUUAGUGCCCAUCAUUACUAGGCCACUACCAGUGAUGUCAAUUUUUUUUGAACGGCAGAAAAAUCCUUGAAAGCCAAAACAUGUUGAAAAUGUGCAUUUGCAGCCGUUUCGGCGGAAUCCGGGGGAUCGGCGAGACGUGUUCAGACUCUGCUGAAAAUCAAUGGCCACCCGGCUGACCGCAUACGUGUAAACAAACUGCGUCUCGUGUAAUUAACUACCACAAAAGGAGAUAUUUUGAAGCGAUAUCUUUUAGGUUCUUGCUUGGGUUCGGUCCAACUUCUUAGAGUCGGGUUUUCCGUUUGUUUCUUCGGCCGCCAGCCAUCUCGGAUACACUUCAAAGACACACGGCGUACGCGAGCUGCGCACACAGAGACACGGAGGAUUUGGACAGAAACGUGUCGGCUUGCACUCGAGCGUCAGACGCCACAGAUAUAGCACCUUUCUACGGCGCUAUUCUCCGCCGCCGCUAAUGGCGUCCGCAACAUAAUGAGUGUUAUCUACUCAACACCGACGUCGCGCUUCUUUGAUACUGAGAGAGUUCUUGGGUGAUCUGUGCACUCUUUAUCUAAAACCAAGACUGUUUCAACUUAUCAAAGUUGACAGCUUAAAAAUGGUCGAUGAUUGCCAGAGGGAGAGAAAAACAUUUAACGUCUCUUCCGAGUGAAAGGUGCUUGUUUUUUCAGCGCAGCUCUAAAAAUAAGUCGUCCUCUUCUAAUUAGCUCCUUUCAACGCUUUUGCAAUUUUUUCUAAUUUGUUAAAAGACAUAUUGAACUAAGAGUAAAUUUACACGAAAAAAAUGUGUUUUUUUUUGCUUCUGAAAAGUUGCUCUUCAAUAUUAAUUUAGUUUGUUUUCUAAUAUCCAACAAAUUAAAAAGUUUUUAGUUCUAAUAAACAUAACUUGAGAAUAUAAACUUCAAAAUAGAAAAUAUUUUUUUCUUCAAAGAGUAUCUGGGAAAACAACGGGGAAAGUAUCAAAAUUUAAAUCAGAACUUCUUUUUCCAAAUUUGAGUUGCCAGUCGAAAUGCUAUCUGGAAUGCUCCAAUGUGAGUCCCAACAGUGCAGUCUCGCUCGGUUUGGAUGAACUUUUAAUCGAUGGUUCCAACAUCAUAACUUAUACAGUUCUCUAAAAUUCAAAUCGCGAAUGGCGUCAGAUGGCUCGUUGUUUUUUGAUUCCUUCCGUGAAUUGUUAUUGUCCGCCAGAUGCAUUUGCAUCUGAGAACAACAGUUUCGGAAUCAAUCAAAUUUCCCUUUCGCAAUAUCGUCGACAGCAAGGGUGACUCAUCUGAACGUUUCUCGUUUUGAUUUUGAAACUAUGGUCAGCUUUUUUUGUAAUAAAUUUUAUUGGCGCAAACGUAUAAUUCCAAAUUGAUUAUUAAAUUUUUUUUAAAUUUGGUGGUUGAACGAAAUUUGGGGAAAAAAAUUCAAAUUUUAUAAUUUUAAUUCCAGUCGGAAUUUUCUGCAAAGAGAUACUUAGAAUUAAAUUCAGAGAGUUAAAUUCUCGUUAUCAUUUCCAUUAUUAUACCAGUUCCGAAAAUUUCAGAGUAAAAAUAUCCCGAUAUUAUCAAAUUAAAAUAAAGUCAAGCCCUUCAUUCCUAAUGCGUAGGCCUUGCGACCUUGAUCACAUCGAUGUAUAUUAUGGGCUGAGAGAUAAGAGGAUUUUCCUGCCGUUCUCACGUCCGUCUUACUCGCCAGAAUCGCCAACUUCGGUAUUGUGCCAUUCUUGAACGGUCCGUCAAACGAGUUUUCUAGCGCUCUCGUAGGUGCCAAAGUUCUUUUGUAUAAAAUAAAUAAAUAAAAAGUUCACAAAAAAAGAAGUGGUAAAACUUCCUCCCUAAUAUUCAGAAUAUAUGUACUACGGUUAAACUUUCGUUUUCUAGAAAGAAAAACUGGAAAAAAUAAAGAAUUAACUCUUUUUUUACGCGGAAAUUCGCAUUUUAAUAACCAAUAUCCUCAAGAAAAAUAUAAGUGAGUUCACAUUUUUUUUAUCGCAUCAGAUCCUUUGUGAUUUCAAGUUUUACGGUCACAGGAAAAUUAAUGGAAGACUCUCCGACGUUGCAGUCGAGCGAUAUCACCGACCUCAAAGAAUUGGGGAGGACUUUUUUUGCGUGUAUUUACUUAUCGGGCUAAUGCGUUGAAAAAAAGUUUUUGACCUGGUUCGGGGAAUUCUCUCGAUUCAUUUGCAACAUUGAGAUAUCAUGAAAAAAAUGAAAUUCUUAUAUUCAAAAAAAAUUUUCUUAUCUUUUUAGGUAUAUCUGAUUAUAACUUUUUUUUUCCGGUAACACUACUCAUUCAUCCUACUGUGGUUCUCGGAAAGCGACAAAAAAACGGGAAGAUUGAAGCCUCAGCCGCUGGCGUCACAAGGCCAUUGUCUCUUCGGAGCUUCGUAGGUUCUCUGCGUGGUGCUCGAGCCGCGGUAUCGACCAGAGCGCCGGCGGCUGCGAAGGGCAGCCUUGCGCGGCUCGCUCUAUUCCUCCGUCGGGAGCAACGCUAAUUUUAACCCACAGCCUCCACAUAACAUGUCUUCUCGGAGAACCUUUUUUCGGCAAAGGAAAGUGA